ACCUGCUUUGAAGAUUAGUUGCAAAUCGGCAACCACAGGCUGAAUGAGCUGUUUGCCAGAGCUUUUUGACCUUUGACCGGACUCAUGUGAGAUAUAUUGCACAUUUCAGGGCGUGUUUGUAUCUGUGCUUUGCUUGGCAGGUAGAAACGCAUAAAAACUCUCAGAAGAGAUCAAUAGUGAUAAACAGAGAAGGUUUUUGUUAUGCUCCGUACUUAGACGGUGGCCAUAAAUCGUCCUGUUUCAGCUCUGCAUUGUGUGCAUCCGAAGCUGCGUUUUUUGGGGGGCUUUUUUCUGCUUGCCGUUAAAGACACAAACGGGAUGACUUGGAGAAAUCGGAUCUUCGCUCUCAGCAGCUCUCCUAUCCCUGAUUCACUCCACUCAGCGCUGUGGUUUCCUCUUAAUUAUGCAUGCGGCCUCUAUUUUUCAUAUCAAGCGCUCCCGUGUUGCGUGCUAUCCGUCUCCCUGACUUUGCGGUCCUGCUCAAGUCCCGGCAGCAAGUUUCUCCCCCACCUCCCCACGUCACCUCCACCCCUCUCUGCCUCCUCCUUUCGGUGUCUUUACCGCACCUUCUGCAGUCUCGCCGACCUUCAGCGCGCCUUUUCAUCCGCUCGGUCUUCUCGUCGUCAGAGUUUGCUCCCGCAUACUGAUCGGGCAGUUUAGAGAUUUGCUUAGCGGCCUCUUUUUUUCUUUUUUACUCGUCACACAAACAUGACAGAAACGGAAGGGAUUUGCAAGGAAGGGUCGGACAGCGUGAGGGAAUUGAAUUGAAAAACCACCUUCAGAUUUUUUUGCAGAGAGCAAUAUAGCAGAAGAGAGUGAGACUGCAGCCUCAGCUGAAUGCAGUGAAUCAGCUGCUUCCCUCCUUGCUCAUCUCGUUUCUCUUCCGUCAGCCCCUGACUCCCUCCCCACCUCCCUUCCUCUUCCUCUCUCCCGUACACCCCCGUGCUUCGGUAGCAGUCCUGAGCAUCCUUGCUGCUGUCGCUGCUAUAAAUAUCUGCGGGGACCCGUAGAGCAGCAGAAGGGAGGAGCGGUGGACAGGACAGAGCCAGGAAGAUCCGAGGUACAGAGGACAACAAGACAAGGGCAUGCGCGCAGAAAACAGAAGACUCGAUCAGUUCAGAGGAAUAACAUCAACAUUUGGAGUCGACAGCAGAAGGAAGUAGCAGGACUUUACCUUCCUGUGGUUAUAAAAACCUCGACUCGCACAUUUUUCUUUAUUUUUCUUUUGGACUCGAGCCGAUUUGUUUCCGUGCUGACAUGUGGGCCGGCAUGGGAUGGGGAGGGGCUGAGAUGUCAUGCUCCUGUGUUGCUGGUGGUGCCUGAGGUCUGAGGCGGUGGAGCUGGACAGCCGGAGGGUGGACCACCGCGUUCUAACUUGCGAAGCCCCAACGUCCCCCACCAUCACGACAGCAUCGUUCGGUCAGUGGGAGCCGGAGACGUCUCACGUUGCGCUGCCCGCCUCCCAGAGUGUUAAGAACUCCAGCUACAGUCUGCCCUCCUCGUACCCAACCUACAGCAACAGCUAUGACUAUUCAGAACAGAGCCGGCAGAGUGAGCGCUCAGGCCUCUGUGGGCUCUCCAACCUGGGAAACACCUGCUUCAUGAACUCUGCAGUGCAGUGUUUAAGCAAUAUCACCCCCCUGACGGAGUACUUCCUCAAAGACAAGUACCGAGACGAGCUGAAUGAAGACAACCCCCUGGGCAUGAAAGGGGAGAUCGCCAGAGCCUACGCUGAGCUCAUCAAGCAGCUGUGGUCGGGCAAAUACAGCUACGUCACCCCGAGACCCUUCAAGACCCAAGUGGGGCGCUUUGCCCCGCAGUUCUCAGGAUACCAGCAGCAGGACUCCCACGAGCUCCUAGCCUUCCUCCUGGACGGCCUUCACGAGGACCUGAACCGCAUCCGGAAGAAACCCUACAUCCAGCUCAAGGACGCCAACGGACGUCCGGACAAGGUGGUGGCCGAGGAAGCGUGGGAGAACCACAUCAAGAGGAACGACUCCAUCAUCGUGGACAUCUUCCACGGUCUCUUCAAGUCAACUUUGGUUUGUCCCGUGUGCGCCAAGGUCUCUGUGACCUUUGACCCGUUCUGCUACUUGACCCUGCCGCUUCCCAUGAAGAAAGAGCGGACUCUGGAGGUGUACCUCGUCAGACUGGACCCAGUUGCUAAACCUACGCAGUACAAGCUGACCGUGCCAAAGGUCGGCUACAUCUCUGACCUCUGUACCUCCCUCUCCAGCCUGUCUGCCGUGCCUGCUGAGAAGAUGAUUGUAACCGACAUCUACAACCACCGUUUCCACCGGAUCUUUGCCACUAACGAAAACCUCAGCAGCAUCAUGGAGCGGGACGAUAUUUACGUCUUCGAGGUUGCAGUGAACAGAGUCGAAGAUGCCGAUCACGUAGUAAUCCCCGUGCACUUGAGGGAAAAAUACAAGCAGUCGGGCUACAACCACACCAGCACGCCGCUGUUCGGACUGCCCUUCCUUAUCGCCGUCCCAAGAACACUAAGCGAAGACAAACUCUACAACAUGCUCCUCUCUCGUCUCUGCCGGUUCGUACGGUCUCCUGUAGAGGAAGACGAGGAGGACAGCGAAGAGACGCAACCGCCCACACAGCACGCUAUCAACGGAAAUGCCACUAACGGACUGCUAGAGGAGGGCUCGCCAAGCGAGAUGGAGACAGACGAGCAGGACGACGAGUCGAGCCAGGAUCAGGAGCUGCCGUCUGAGAACGAGAACAGCCAGUCGGAAGAUUCUGUGGGAGGCGACAACGAGCUGGAGAACGGCGUGGUCGCGCCACAGCUCUCCACUAAGGGCCAGCAAACGGCCGGCCUCCACAGAAAGAGGCUUUUCACAUUCCAGUUCAACAACAUGGGCAAAAUGGACUUCUCGCUCAUCAAGGAGGACACCAAGCUGAUCCGCUUUGACGAGGGGCACCUCAGACUGAGCGACCGCUCAUACCUGUCUUUGGACUGGGAACCAGAAAUCAAGAAAAAGUAUUUUGACGAGACUGUUGUUGAGGACUAUGACAAGCACGAGAGCAUGGAGUACAAGCCUCAGAAGAAAGCCUUCUUCAAGUUGAAGGACUGCAUCGAGCUUUUCACUACCAAGGAGAAACUGGGAGCAGAGGAUCCCUGGUACUGUCCAAACUGCAAGCAGCAUCAGCAGGCCACCAAGAAGCUGGACUUGUGGUCUCUGCCGCCUGUCCUUGUGGUCCAUCUGAAGCGCUUCUCUUACAGUCGCUACAUGAGGGACAAGCUGGACUCGCUGGUCGACUUCCCACUCAGAGAUCUGGACAUGUCAGAGUUCCUGAUCAACCCCAACGCCGGGCCCUGUCGCUAUGACCUCAUCGCCGUGUCCAACCACUAUGGCGGGAUGGGAGGCGGCCAUUACACUGCAUAUGCUAAGAACAAGGAAGAUGGGAAGUGGUACAACUUUGAUGACAGUAGUGUGUCUCCUGCCAGCGAAGACCAAAUAGUGUCCAAAGCUGGCUAUGUGUUGUUCUACCAGCGCCAGGACACUGUUAAAGGUACCGGCUACUUUGCUCUCGACCGCGAGGAGGAGGAAGAGGAAGGUGAGGAUGAUGAGGAGAACGAAGCGGAAGAGCUGGUAGAAAGGACUGUCUCGUCUUCUCAGGGUGCCUGCGCCGUUGCGCAAAGCGACGAGGAGGAGGAGCCAGUCCAGAACAAGAGCAGUAAAAAUGACAUCGACCAGGAGGAAGAACAAGAGGAAGAGGAGGAGGAAGAAGAAGAGGAGGAAGAGGAACAGGUAUCCAAUCGAGACAUUACCAUGAAAACCAACUGAGGUAAAUGCCUACAGGAACAAGUGGAGAGAGAGAGAGAGAAAGGGAUCUAUCCAUCAAAAAGCCAUAUGGACGCAUGGCGUGGCAGCGGGCGCCGCCGCUCCUGCCCGACGGCGCGGACUGAACCGCCGCCAGGACGACGAAUGUUCGGCGGGGGGGGCGGGGAGAGGAGCUGCCUCGAUACGCGACUCUAAGAAAUCAGGACCCUCAUGUGGGUGAAUCACUGUGUGCGUGCGUGUGUGUGUGUGUGUGUGUUUUUGAGCGAGUGUGUUGCCACGUUAACUCAUUGAACAUCUGCUGUGUGAACAGAACAAAGUGAGACCGAUGACGGCGACUCCAGCAGGCGCCGCGCUCUGAAUCUCCGCUUUUUUUUAUCAUUUGAGUAGUGAAUUGUUUUGCAUAUCGUAUUAGUAUUAUUUCAAUUUUGUAAAUAUUUUAAAACACUGAAUUGCAUUGAGUUUUCACGAUGCUCUGAAACAUUUUUGAACUUGCACAAACACAACCUCUCCCAUUUUCUGGUAACUCCAGACAAACUGCAGCAGCUGCUUUUAGCGAGCCGGCUUCCUGGUCUAUAACCCAGGCUUUACGUAGACAAGCGAUGCCCAUAAUUGUAUUCCUCAUCGUGAUUGGCUGCAUUGUUAAGAGAUGAAGCAGCCUGUGUUAGCCAAUACUGUGCAUUCUUCUGCAGUAAACCUCUGCUAGAAAGAAAGUUCCACACUGCCAAUCUUUUCGUAAAUGUAUCUAUCUGAAGCUUUAGUCCUUUUCUGUAUUCUCCUGUCUUCAUCUUCAAGGUGUGCUGAGACUAAGAACCAGAGACGCACCGAUCACAAUUUUUGGGCCGAUUUCCGAUAUUUUUUCCUUGCUUAGACGUGAUUCUGGCUGAUUUUAAAUAUUUUAAGAUUCAGAAUAUUUCUUUCCUUCCAUCCUGUCAUGAGCUAACGCUAAUUAUUGAGCAGAGGUGACGUCACACCGUGUGUGAGAGCAGGCGCUGUAAAACAAGGUUUUACUCAUUUAAAACGGGGACAAAAUGAUUGCACUGUUGACAUUUUAAACCGUCUCUAGCCUUUUUAUAUUAGCAGUUAGCACGGCUAGCGCUUCCUGUGUAUUCCCUAUAGAUUGUGGAUGUGUAACAUUUCCAUAUAAAGCAUGAUCCAUUACCUAGAGGAUGGAAGCUCAAAAAGGUCAAACAAACUAACUUUAUUCUUGUUAUCUUGCUCUUUGUCACACAUCCGUUUGCUCCCUCUUAACUUUAAACACCAAACUAACUACUAAAGAAUAACUUCACAUGAUGUGUUUACUGACCAAAAAAAAAAGUAACAUUUCUUUUCUUUUGCUACCGACAUCUAAAGAAUCGGUGCUGAAUAAUUGUCCGUUUCCUGCGUUCAUCCAUUUUUUCUCACAGACAUCCGAUGCAUCGUCCGUCGUUGAAAUCACCUCGGCCUUAACUUUGAAAUGUGAAACCAGUCGCCUUGUUGUUCACACGACGACCCCCCUCUUCCCACUUCUCACAUCAAAAACGUCGCGUGACGAAUGUCCGUUCGAUUUUUGCUUGCUGCCGCCUCGCGUACGCAUCGCCUCGAAGUCUCGUCUUUUUAACCCACAAGAGGGCCAGAAUGUACCGUGAACUGAACGAACUGAACAAAGACCACACGUAUGGAAAUGAUGCCUUUCGGUUUACGAAUUUUCCCCCAGGUUUUUUUUCCGGCCCUCUCUCAUGCUUUCCGUUAACAGAUUCUCCGCCUUUGAUGCUGGCUGUAUGAAUUUUUUGGGAAAAUAUUUCCGCGCGUGUGUCUGUGUGUGUGUGUGCUUCUUGGAUUUGAAGCAGGGAAACGGGGGAGGUGGGCGGGUGGGUUGCGGGGAAUCAACUGAAAACAGUGGGGUGAGUCGGCCUAACGCACCUUUCGGCUUGUAGGACCAUGAUGCAGUGACAUUAUAUCGUGGCAGGAUAAUCGUCCAUCCAUGUGACUCGUGUUGAAGCCGUUCUUCGCGACGCGAGUGCUUUGUUGCAGACGACAUCCACACACCUGUUCUUGCCUCAGAGUAGAAGACCACGCCUUUACGAGCAUCUUUGUGCUUCGGCUUCAACGGGCCGCCUCGCUUUUUUUUUUUUUUUGUCCUUUAGGACGACUCACCCCAUCCGGACUGAGUGAGACGCGAUGGCUUCAAUAGGCUUAUAUGAUAUUGUACAGAAGAGUUCACUCUGUGAGUGCACAUUUGAUAAAGUUUAUUUAUUUAUAUGUAAGCAUUUAAUAAUGAACAGACAAUAUAUUUAAAACCUUGGCAAGACCCGGAUGAGUCGGGGCAUUCAGUUAUACAAUAGUUUGCAAAGUCUUGUCCAGGGAGGGAAUAUUUUUUUAAAACAGGAUUUUUUUUUUUGCCCUGUUGUUUUUGGGACUUUUUUUUGUUUUGUAAAAAUUACUCAGAUGUUCUUGCAUGAUGAUGUAUGGGGGUUUCCAGGUUUGGCUGCACUUGAGUUCACUUGGGUUUACAUUUGAAUUGUGCAUGUGUAUUUAUACACAAUCUACAAUAAAGUUGUGUGAAGCGU